GCUGUCUGCAUAAAAACAUCUCGAGUGGUUUUGGGUCUGAAUUUCCGCUCAGACUUCCUUUUUCGACGUUGUUGUGGUGCCGUGAGGCCGCAUUUUAAACGUCACGAUGGGCAAGAUAAUGAAACCGAAUAAGGUAGUAUUAGUUCUCAACGGACGAUACGCCGGCAAGAAAGCCGUCAUCGUCAAGCAGAUGGACGACGGCAAGCCAUACUCGCAGGCUCUCAUUGCCGGAAUCGCUCGCUAUCCCCGAAAGAUCAUCACUCGACUAUCAAAAAAGAAGAUCGAGCGUAGGUGCAAGAUAAAGACUUUUGUCAAAUUUGUCAACUACAAUCAUCUCAUGCCAACUCGAUACACAGUGGAUAUCUCCUUUGAUCCCAAGAAGGUGAGCCGUAAUGCGCUUACUGAUCCUAACCGUAAACGCCUAGCUCGACUGGAGGUCAAGCAAAAAUUCGAAGAGCGUUUCAAGCAAGGCCUUAACAGGUGGUUCUUCAGAAAGCUAAGGUUCUAAAUAGAAAAUAAAGUGUUCAUAAACUCACAAAGGCAACCUGACAGUGGGUGAACGAACUUCAGUUUCGGCGAUCGAAAAA